AUUAAACCAAAAUGUCAAAAAAGAAUAAACUGGUUUUCAUCAAUAAUACACUUUAUUUGUAAAUAUUUUCAGUUUAAAAGCCUUCAGCUACCCUACUUGAACCUUUAUUUGGAUGAUAAUGUAUUUUAGGAGUCCCAAUUCACGAUAGAAAUAAUUGUUUGACUAGUUAACUACCAAAAUAAUUAGGAGCAGACUGAUUUAGAUCCCUGUACUUUUUAAUUCAAGAUGAGUGGUUCUCAACCGGUGGGGUGCGUCCCUGCCAGGCCCAAAACCGGGUCUAGCAUGAGACUACCUUUACACAACUCCGGGGACCUUAAUGGCAAUGCAUUUCCUAUCUCUUCCUCCUCUUCUUCCUCCUCUGCUUCAUCGUGUUUGGGCGAAUCUUCCCCAGAAUCUCUACGAAGUUUAAGUAGUUUAAACAGCCCAGGACGGAUAAAUAGUCCAUUAGAUUAUGACAUGUUCGAAGUAACUUUAUUGACAACAGUGAUUGACGAUAAAGCUGGUGACAUAGUAGUGACAAAAUGGCCACCAGAAGAAGAGGAAGAAGAAAGUGAUAAAACAGAUUUGGUUUAUGUGGAAAGGGUUCAAACUAUCACCGACCAAUCAGAAUCAAAUGAUAAUUCAGUUUCAGUCUACCUAGAUGCAAACAGCAGCCAAUGUACUCCUGAAAUUUGGAAUGAAAAUAUUACUCUAGCGUUGUCAACAAAUAGUACAACUUCAGAGAAAAGUAGUGAUAAUAUUAGCUUUAAAAGAUCCCUAACGCCUGAUUCAACAACGGAAAUACCUGAAGAUGAAGACAAUGAUGAUGAAGCCAUGUUUUUGUCAAUUGGUUCAGAUAUGGAGUUGCAAAGAACUAGCUUGACGGCUAUAGUAGCGGCCCGCUGGGCUAGCAAAGAAGCUAGCAACAAAGAUGAGCGUGAUAUUGAGGUGUUGAACGUGCAAAAUACUAUGGAGGCAAUUUCACAUAGGGAGAGAGAAAACCAAAGCAGUGAAGAUGGUGCGACAAGUAACAAAGAUGUGGGAAAACAAGUGACUGAUGACAAAAUAAAGAUGCAAACUUCGCCUCCUAUCUGUGACAGUGGGGAAAAGCCAAUAGAAAUCCCCAAAAAUGAGUUGCAGAAAGCUGGGAAACCAAGACUGAAUGCAAUUGCGAGGCCUAUAGCCGCAAACCAGGUCAAAAAUCAAGGAAAAGUGGACCUGAAGAAUGUCAAGUCCAAAGUGGGAUCAUGGGCAACCUCCUCUCCAACAAAAACAGCCGUACAGAACAAAUCUUCUCCAGUCCACAUGAGGCGACCCGCUGCUACGAUCACCCCUGUUUCUAACGCUAAACUCCAGAGACCUCCCCUCAGUCCAAUGAAGGUGGCCAUUUUAAGACCCCUAAAGGGAAAGUCCAGACCCGGUCCAAACCAGAACCCAAAUCAGAACCAGAGAAACCGGUCUACAUCUGUGAGCUCUUUGGGGUCAGAAGAGGCUGCUAAUGUGGGAGCCUCCAGAAAAAUACAAGAGAAGGAAAUAACAUGUGAAUCCUUAGAGAGCAAGCAUCCAACCAGAUCUGUGACUGAAGAAACUAAGGGCGAAGAUGCUACAACCAAGGAGAAGAAAGUAUCCACCAAAUUGGGAACUACAACUACUUCUACUACUGCUUCUACUAGACCACAAGCGAAAGGAACUAAGCUGGGAGUGUGUCAACCCCCAGGACAACAAGGGAGCUCCGGACCAAGACAAGUCCAGAAUGAUGGCUCGUCGCUGGGGCAAGCUGGACAAAAUCCCUCUAAUGUUUCUUCUGGAUCUCCGACAAAGCAGAGACCAAACCUGGGUAUCCCCAAACCUCGCUUCAGUACAGACCGCUCCUUGGCCACUACUUCCUCGUUCACUUCUUCACGCCCUUCCCCUGUAACUGCGGCGUCCAAACUUCCCGUGAAAGGAUUACCCACAACCCUCAGCUCCUCGUCUCUGGGAAGCAACGCCAAUGAAAACAAUGGAGGAAAAGCAACAGGGGCCUCUGAGUCAGAUGAGCGUCCCAACAGAAGUGCACUUCCUGUGGGAAGCCAGAGUACUGCAAGGCCUCCUGGUUCCAGUGACCUCACUAAAGCUUCACCAAUGAGGAACAGGGCUCUGUCUCUGCAGGCGAGACCCCCAAAUACAGGCCUCAAAGCUCCCUCUGCCAGUAACUCCAAUUCAGCAAAGUCUUUGAAUCCCCUGGGCACUAGGACCCCUCCAUCGGCCAACCAGAGUCCGACCAAGCAGGCCUCCCAGCAUCCUCUGCAGCGGAGCGGCUCUGCUAGGCUCAGCCGCAUCAACAGCACAGUGGACAAAAACAAGAGAGAAGUACAGACCAGAGCCUCGAAUGUGAGCGGAGACAGAGCAGUGACCAACCAAAACCAGAACCAGAGCAACAGUGAGGGGGUCCCAGAUGCAGUGAACACUCCCUCGGCCUCUCGUGUCCCUCUGGUCGAUACAAUCAGCUCCAGUUCUGCCCAGUCUCCAACUCUCUCUAAACCCAAAACCUCCGCUCGCUCCAGCCCCAAAACAGCCUCCCGUCUUCAGCCAAGUGCACCCAGGACCACCCCCUCCUCUUCCCUGGUGGAGGAUGUGAAACAAUCAAAGGAGCAGGUGGAGAGGAAGAGCCAGACAAUCGUACAGCUCAGGAGUUUUCUGCUGCAGGGGAACAGGAGGGUGGAGGCACUGGCUCUGGUCAUACAGCACCUGUUCAGUGAGCGCGAAGAUACAUUGAAACAGAAGAAAGAACUCACACAAGAACUGUCCACCCUCCGAGAUGAACUGGUGUCGACAUCUCAGUGCUGUGAUCAGCUGCAGAGAGAGAAGGAGGAGGUGAGGCUUGGGCUGGAGGCGGCUCUGGGCAAACUACAGCAGCAGCACAAGGAGGAGCUGGAGCAACUGGAAAACAGGCUGCGGAGCUUCUAUCAGAAUGAGUGGGACAAGGCUCAGCAGAUGUACCAGGAGGAGGCUGACAAAUACAGAGCACUGAUGGAGGAACAGGUGGAAGAUCUGAGGAGCCAACAGGAAGCUGAGAGGAAAGAAACAGAAGAGACGCACAGCCAAAACAUGGAGACUCUCAAACAGCAGUAUGAGACCACUCUAGAAUUGAAGACGGCACAGCAGACAGAACUGGAAAACCUGGAGAAGACUCUGAAGGAGACUGAAGCUUCUCUCUCUGAGAAAGUGUUGGAGUUGACGGCACAGAAGGACGCUCUGAGUGAGAAACUGAAUGCAGAAGAGGAGAGGAGGAAGAGGAUUCUCAACGACAAGAGCCUGGACUCCCACACACUGUACUUGGAGCAGGAGCUGGAAAGUCUCAAAGUGGUUUUGGAAAUCAAGAACAACCAACUGCAUCAGAAAGACAAGAAACUCAUGGACAUGGACAAACUGGCGGAGUCGAACAUAAAACUGGAGGAGUGUCUAAAAAAAGUGCAGCAGGAGAACGAGGAUUACAAAGCAAGAAUGGACCGUCACGCUGCUCUCUCCAAGCAGCUGUCAAGCGAGCAGGCCAUUCUUCAGCAGACGUUACAGAAAGAGUCAAAGGUCAACAAGCGCCUGUCGAUGGAGAAUGAGGAGUUGCUAUGGAAACUACACAACGGGGACCUGCUCGCCAGUCCACGGCGCCUCUCGCCCACCUCGCCGUUUGGCUCGCCUCGAAAUUCUGCCGCAUUCACCACGGCAGCCCCACUGUCCCCAAGAUAGCCCCAAAACAGUACCCCCUACAGACAAUCACAGGGAUAGUGCAAGGUUUUGUACAAUGGAGGAGGGCUGGAUUAUGUGCUUCAUUCUUAGGGAUGUAACAAUAAAAGGAAUCUGUAUAUCAUAAUCUUUAAUUAUUGGACAGUCUAAUAUGCCUGUGGCAAAAUGCCGUGGGAACUACAUUACCCAUGCUCUUUUGUUCAGUCUACAAUCUUUUUUAUGUUGGUCAAUCUGACAUGUGGACCAUGACAUUUUUUCAUGCAUGUUUCAAAAAAUUCUAAUUUAUUACAAGUUUAAAGCCCCUAUAUUUGUAAUUAGAUUGGUCAACCCAGCGCUGUUGUAUUCUCACGUAGCAUUCUCUACUCGUAAAAAGAAAACAAAAAUUAAACAUUAAAGUAAAGUUUAGUAUGUUUUAUAUAUAAAGUAUGUUUUAUGAUAAUGAUGCUUAGCCUCCAUCAAACUAUUAACCAUAUCAGCCAUUCUUACAAUUUUUUUAUUUUAUUUCCAGAGUCAGAAGUCUGUAUCCACUGUUGUUUUUUAUUGUUGGCAAAUAGUUUUUAGCCUAUCAAAUCUUAUGAAAUCUGUCAAUAAUUCCCAAAAAAGACGGAGAUUAAGAGAUUUAGAGAUUCAAUAGGAUUUCUACAACAGCUUCAAACUCCAACAUUGUUAUAACUAAGAAACUUUGAUUGUUACAUCCCAACUUUGUAAGCAUUGAAUCCUUGCUAACCACAUUGACAAAAUACUGAACUUACCCCUUUUAAAUCCCAGUGAAGAAAGCUAUCUCCUGCAUUGUGGAUUUGAACUGCUCAAACAACAUGUACAUUUGGGGUCAUUCGCUUUUAAAGACUUUUAUUUUGAAAGAGAUACUGAACUGGCACCAUUGCACUUAAACAGGGGACUGGCCAUGCAUUUUGAACAGUGUCUAUCAAAAUAAAGCCUGAUUUUUCUUCUUUUUACGAAGGAAACUUUAAGAUUUAGGCUUUACUCAGGGUUUGUACAUAGCUUCUUGUAGUAAUUGUACUUUUUUGUUCAAAUGAAUUUUGUUAUGCUUAGAGAGGACACAAUAAACUUUUAAGGAACUCAAAAAUGGUUACAAGGCGGGUACUACACUGCAAAAUAAUUUAAUAUACAUAUGUUUAAAUUACUUGAGUUAAAAAUAAUUCUAAAUAUUGAUUAAGUGCUGUUCAUUGGUUAUUUCUGGCAAUAACAGUUUAUCUCCCUAGAGUUAUAUAGUCCCCUGUCCUCCAUCUGAAAUUAGAACAUGAAUGCAAUUUGGUAAAUACCUAGAUGAAGUAAAUAUAAAGAGUAUAAACCAGUCAAAACUACUCGAAUCAAGGUAAUUAUUUUGAAUUCAAGCACUUUUUAACUUAUGUAGAUUGCCAUUUUGCAGUGUUCUGGAUGGAUUUGCAUGGAUAAUUUUUCCUACAUUUUUCCAAAGAGCAUCCGAUCUGCUUUGGACAUCUGCAAGAAACGAAGGAACAUUUUGGAGUUCAAUAGUGAUACCUUUUCACUCCUCAAUGUAAAGCAAUGAGACAAGCGUUAUGACACAUGUUGAAGCCCGAGUAGUGCAUAAUAGGACCUAUAUCCUAAUGUACAGUGUUGAAUGUACUUAACCUUUGGAUGUUUAACCUGAACAGGCCUUUUAGUGUCAUAUUUCAUCAUCAAAACAAUGCAGUCACGUGUCCACUUCACUUUAACUCUUAAAACCUGUACAAUGACUGACCCAAAGACUUGAAAUAAAUAAGAAAUGGACCUGCUGUUUUUCUGUGUACUGCAAUAAGGGAAUUUCUGCUGGUAUAGUCCUGGUCUAGUCCUUGUCCAGUCAAGAUUUAGUCCCAAUUUUGGUGUGUGAACGCAGC